AUCCAUAGGGGAUGUUACACAACCACCUACAUAGCUGUUACGUCACUUACAAUAGUUGGAGAAAGCAGAUAUACGAAAGCAAUAUACAAGGACUUGGAGGUUAAUUGUAUACAGAAAUAAUGGAUGUCAAUAUCAAUUUAUCGAUUUUACACCUGUGUACUUUCUUCGUCACUACGGUUGGAUAUUUUGGGAGACAAGAUGACUGCCCAUCCCAACACUGGUCGAUGAAUAUUCAACGCCGGAGAUGCUUAAAAUUUUUUCCUGAAUUCCAUGACUUUGUACACGCUGAGCAAUUAUGCAAGAAGGAAGGAAGCGACAUUCCAUAUAUGGACAUAGACUCUGACGUGACGUCAGCAUUUCAGUACCUUUAUCUAAAUUUCACAAAUUCAUCUUUUCAAUUUUGGACGAGAAGGAAACAUCACGAUAAAAUUAAUAGAACCGUUAGUAAAAGAACAACUGACGAUGAUAGAAAAUGCGAAUUUGCGAAACUGGGACGAGAAAUGAACAUUUCAAGACAUACCAAAAAAUGUUCCGAAAAAACAGCAGUGCUCUGUGAAUACAAAGUGAAUGAUUCGACAAAUAUGCUGUUUUCAAAACAUGUUUUCGUUCUGGACACCCGCGAUCUCGUCGCUAUAGGUGCUGGAGUAUUCAUCGUAGCAGUUUUUUGUUUUGUUGUUUUCAUGGAUAUCAUAAAACACAUUAAAAAUCCACAACCAAAGAUAACAGAUGGUACACAUGUGUGAAAUCUCUCAGAUGUCUGCGAUGCUUUGAUCAUCAAUGAUUCAUGACCUCUUCUCGCGUGUUAUAGGAAGAAACGCACGGAAAGAGAGAAUGAAUGUAUAUUUUCAUAUUGAUACGUAAUAAACCGGCUCCUCACAUCCUGUAAAAAUCAUUAAUUGAACUUCCUGAAAAUGAGCGGUCAUACGGAAUAGUAAUAGGAGACUAAUUGUAUUCAGAAGAAAUUUUGAAACAACAUUAUUAUGUCAGAAGUAUGGACUAAUUAAUAAUGAUGUGUACUCUCACGUAGAUUUACAGUGUACUUUACUGACGACAUUCGAGACCAGAUUUGUUGUCAAAGCAUCAGCAUCAGUAGUUAUAUGUUUAGUGUAUAUUUACAAUCUCAUCCAGACUUUGACUUAUUCCAUUUAUACUUAAUGAUGGACAAAACAUGUAUGGGUGGAGUAUAUCAGAGACUGAAUUUUAUUUUACUUCAGUCAAUUACAUAUCGGAAAUGAUUAAAGCCUAUUAUAAUUGAAAUUCCUUCAUAUGUGUUCAAUGAAUACAUUUUCAUUACUGCUGUUGUAUGAUGUAGAAUACUUU